ACCAGACAGAAUAUGACACUGUAGGAGUCACAGUCAUGAUGCAUAAGAGCUCAUCGUUCUCCAGGGAGAAUAUUCACUGAACAGGAGUCUAAUAACAAAGCAAUGAGAAAAUGAUCCGAAUCAACAACACUCAGUAUUUCCACUUCCUGCAGCAGGCAGAUGCAUUACGACGCUCGGGGUCACUGUGCGAUGCCACCAUCUCAGUAAAGAGCCAAACCUUCCGUGCUCAUCGGCUGGUCCUGGCCUGUGCGAGCAGAACACUAGCGCAGCAGCUCUCCCAAGGUGACAUAGACAGCCCAGUUCACUGCACCCUGGAAUACUUCUCACCUCACACCUUCCAGCAGGUCCUGGACUUCACCUACACACAAGCACUUGAGGUGUCUGCAGAUGACCUGCACCACCUGCUGCAUGCUGCUCAGCUGCUGGAGAUGCAGCCACUGGAGGACCAAUGCAGGAAGCAGCUAGAUACCCUCAACUACAGACACAAGCAAGAUGACAGCAUAAGAGAAAAUACAGAUGGAAAAGAACCGAAAGAAAGUGCAAAAGGAAGAGAUCAUAGCCAAAACAGAAAUCUAGUGCAAGACGAGGCACUACAAAAAGCUACUCCCUCCACUGAGAAGGCAAAUGACUGUAUUAUAAUGGAAAGGUUUUCACAUGUUGACGCUGCCAAGGACCACAGCAGCCCCCAGUCUCCAAGAAAGAAGUACAGACCGUCUGACAUGGCAGCUACACCUUGCAAUAGAGACAGUGUAAUCAGCAGGCCAGUCUCCAGCAGCAGCUCCGUCUCUUCUCCCUGGUCUUUCCCCACCACCAUGUGGAACUCUGUGAGCACCUUGAGGAGAAUAGCAGAGAACUAUUCAAACCUAAUCGCAUCUCAUCCACUCCAGUCCCCAAACCAGACCACUGUAGCUUACCCAUUCCCCUUCUCCACUCAUCACAUGUUCCCCCUGCUGCCUUCCCCUUUUCAAGCCCCAGUUCAUAGCUCUGUCAUGGGCUACUCAGGGUUUCAUCCACGGUAUUCUCAAAAUCCUUACACGGGAUCUACAGGGAUGGGAAACAUAAUCAAACAAAGCCUGUUAAAAAGGAAAAAAAACAGUCAAAGAGCACUUACUGAAACCUCUCAACCAAGUUGCCUUGAUAUGAGCAAAGCCACCGCUGAGACCGUCAAAAGCUGCCAACACUGCAGUCCAAAUCUCCUGAAUGAUCCAGUACCACAGGGAUCCAUGUCCACACCAUCAGAUGAGUCCUGUGCAGGCUGCAGAUUCUGUGGAAGAGAUGCUUGUCGAUGUGAUCCACAGUCACAUCGACAAGACCACAGAGUAGAAAAACCAUACCAGUGCCAACACUGUCCCAAGAAAUUUAGUCUGAAGCAUCAGCUGGACACACACCACCGGGUUCACACUGGGGAAAAACCUUUCGAGUGCCGCCUCUGUGGUCAGCGUUCACGGGACUACUCAGCUAUGAUCAAGCACCUGCGGACCCACGGUGGGGCUGCGCCAUACCAGUGCACCAUCUGCAGGGAGUACUGCAGCAGCCUGGUGGCCAUGCAGAGACACAUCAAGAGCCACUCGGUGCAGGACUUCCCACCAGACUGGAGCAUCAACAGCACCUACCUGUACAUAUCCCACAUCUGAGCCUCACAACACUGAUACCAACAUCUGCAGAAAGUUCUCACAGACGUAGAUAGAGAGAUGUAACUCUAUUUCAUGACAGUAAUAAAAGUAGUUCUGAUAUUACUGGAAGCACCAUUAACCUUAUUUAAAUUGAUGCUAAUUUCAUAUUAUGAUAAUACACAAAGGCUGUAUCUUUUACUCAAACUACAACUGCUAUAUAUUCAUAUCAAGAGCCGGUGAACAGGGAGAUCCAGAGCUACUUUCCAGUGGCUGAAAGUGUUUACCAUUUCACUUUAGGUCAUGUAGUGCAUUAAAGCCACAUCAACAGCUCAUCCUCAUAAUGUGACGCAAGAAUCAUCCCUCAUAGUUUCAUAAUUAUUGACCUACUGCUGUGUGAAUUAUCUGAGUCGGAUCUAGAUCUACAGUGCCCUCAUGAGGUCAGAUAUGGUGUUCACAUGAAGUCAAAAAGGCGACCAAAUAUGGCAGAUAGAUAGACAUCACAUUUGGGUCCGAUCAAGUGAAAGUGAACAUCAACAUGAAAAAGAAAAUUUGCACACAUUAUUUAUCAAGUGGGCUCAUUUUUAAGCCAAAGAUCUCUAUUUUAUGGAACUGUAUUACCACUUACACAGUACAGGAGAAGUUCUGAACCUUCUGCUAGGCUGCAUUAAAUUAACAAAAAGAUAUGCAAAAGACUGUCCAUUAUUCUCAGUGAUGACGUUUGUGAAUUCAUACACUGGUCACAUUUAAAAAGACCAUCUGUAAAAAAAAAAAAAAAAAAAAAAAAAAAAAAAAAAAAAAAAUUAAAUUAUAAAAAAUUUUUAAAAA